UCAUAUAUAAAAAUAAAGGGUCACUCUGAACUGCAUUAGUCUUUUUUAAUGAACAUUUAUGCCAACAACUUGAAGAAGAAACAUUUCCAGUUUUAUUAUUAAUAACAUUUCCAAAUGAACCAGAGAAGAAUUUUUAGACACUAUGUAUGAAACACAGAGGACAUUGAAUUGUCAUUCUUCAGCGUCAGGUUCAAAACGUUCUUCUAUGUUUUAUGAACUUGGAUCAGAAAAGAAAAGGAAUACAAAAAAGCAUCUAGGAACAAUAUUACUCCAUCGAUAUAAGGAACGAAUGAGACAUCAAAUGAUAAACAAGAUGAUAUCACAGUUGUGCAGUUACGUUCCAGGAAAUGAGAAUGAACAAAAAACUAAGAUUUGGAAACUCCGUCGAGCUGUAAGUUAUUGUUGUUUUUUGGAAAAGACAGUGGAACAUUUGUGCCAAGAAAUGAACUUUUGUCUAGAUCGAGAAUAUAAACUGAUAAAUUGUAGUCCAGAUAAACACAUUUUGAGAAAAGACAGUCACUUGGAAACACUUAGACAAGAAGAGUCUCCAAAAGCUGGCCUGGAUAGUUACAAAAUACUGUCCAAGGACAUAGACUGUGGAACAUCUCAUUAUUGACAAAGAUUAUUCCUCCACAAAAUUCAACAAUGAAGUACACUCGUCUAAACACAGUAGUAACUGAAUGACGAAAUUUAUAACAUGCAGUAACCAAACAGGUUUUUUUAAGAUUGUUAAAAGCCAACAAGAAUUGUUAUCUCAAACAUACAGAGUUUUAAAUAUUCACUUGGCUUGGUAUAAAGCCUACAACAGUCCAUAAAGGACUUACAAUACUGAAGCAAAUGUAUCAAAAACUUUACAUUGCGUUGUUUCUAGAUGCCAAAAAACUUCUCACAACAGUAAGGCUGUAUUUUUAGAAAUGUAUCAAAAGAAUGUUAUCAGACUUCCACAUUAUUCAACAGCAAAACAACUGGAUAGGAAAGAUCAUGCAGAAAGUAAUCGUAAAAUAUCUUUUGCUGAAGAAUGGUCCAAUUCCAAAUGUGUAUCACCACAGGACCUAUCUUUAUAAAAAGACUUCCCAUUCUUGCAGAAAAAAAAUCAAAAUGACUCAUCCUCAUUUCUCAAAUAAUAAAAUAUAAUCAUAAAGUUUCAUAACAAAUGUGAAAUGAUAAGUAUUUGUCAUUUGUUUAUCAUAUUUUUUGUUACUCUUUCAUGUCAUCAUUUGAUUUUCUUAUAUCUGAUAAUAGUUCUAAAAUUAAAAACAAACAUAUAGUAAGGACUGUAUCUUGAAUUUAUUAUUUUAUGAAAAAUGAGUUAUUUUAUCAGAAUAACUAGUAUUAAUAUAAAAGCAGACCAGAUUUAUUUAGAUAUUUAUGAC